AUGCUGGUAUUAUCAAAGCUUGAUUUUAUUUUCACUUCAAAGAAGGAAAAGUGUGGUUUGCUUUUGACAUUUGAAACAUUAGUGAAAUACUUGAAUUUGACUCAAGAAGAUCUAAAGAAUGAUGAAAUACUAUAAGGAAUCGUUAAAAUAUUAUCGUAAAUAAAGAUAUUAACUCCAGAUUAUCUCUCAGAAUGUCUUAGACAGAGGAUAUUUAUUGAAGAUUUUGAAAAAUUUGAAAUUAAGUUAGAUCUUCCAAAGAUUUAAACUCAGAUUAAGAGAUUUAACAGUGGAGUUUCCGAUCAGAAACAAUUAGAGGAGGAAAAGUUAGAUUAAGUAGUGAACCUCGAGGAUAUCAUAGACGAUAUUUAUCGGAUGAAGUUUACGACUAAAGAGGGUGGUGGAAACUCUUCAAAAAAGAGAUCUCUAAAAGAUGCUCUUGGAAAUGAAUCAAAGACUAGAUUGUCAACAGCUGAUGAUGGAGAUUUAUCAUCCCACAGAUCAUUUAGAUCUAAGUUUUACAAAGAUGGGGAAGAGUGCUAUAGUGAAGAUUCCUAUAUGUUUUAGUGGAAACCUGAUUAUAUUGCUAAUAAGGAGGAAUAUUGGGAUAAAAAGAAAGAUAAAUUUGCAUGUUCCAGAGGAUCUACUCUAAAAGAAGAUCAGAUCAUUGAGGAUGGGAUUAUAAAAUAAAAAACUCUUGAGGAAGAUUCUAAAAAUAAGUAAAAACCUUUAAAUGAUGACAUUAUUAAGUAAAUUGAGAUGCUGUAAAAAUACUAUGAUACUUAAGGAGAUAAAGGAAGAGGACACGGCUAUAGAAGAGCACUUACAUUUUUAAGAGCUAUCAAAGAACCUAUUUAUUCAGUCGAUUAAUUGAAAGAAGUUCCUUAUCUUGGCCAAGGAAUAUUGAAGAAAGUUAAAGAAUUGAUUGAGGAAGGUACUAUAUCGAGAUUCGAUUUUCUUUCUCAUGAUGAAAGUGUCGUCGUAACAGAUGGAAUGUAAAAGAUUGGUUUGAAAUACUAUGAUGAUAUUAAGUAAAGAAUUCCGAGAGAUGAGGUAACUGCAUUGCUUGAAAAAAUAAGAGAAGUUAGUUCUGAGAUAUUUCCAAAGGAAAAAAAUACACUCAAGAUAGAUGCUUGUGGAAGUUAUAGAAGAGGAAAGCAAUCCUGUGGAGAUAUAGAUAUCUUGAUAACAAGAACUGAUGGAUCUCCAAUCACUGGUAUUGUAGAGAAAUUAGUGAUAAAACUGGAAAGUAUUGGCUUUUUAAAAGAAAGAUUAGGAUCUCUAAGGCAUUCAUCAACUGGAAGUGAGGGUUAUAUGGGAAUGUGUCAACUAACUCCUGAUCAUUUAAACCGAAGGAUAGACAUAAAAGCCUACCCUUUAUCCCAGUAUGGAUUUGCCAUUCUGUAUUUUACUGGAAGUGGAAACUUCAAUAGAAGCAUGAGGUUAUUCGCAUAAAAGAAAGGCUAUAGUCUAAGUGACUAAGGUUUAUAACCUGUACUAAGAGUUAAAGGCUAAAAAGUAGCUGAAUUUAACUCUAUUCCUUGCGAGACUGAAGAAGAUGUAUUUAAAGCUUUAAAUCUAGAUUAUAAGGCCCCUCAUGAAAGAGAUAUUUGA